AUGGAGCCCACGCGGGAGCCCUGCCCCGAGCCGCGGGGUGAGCGUGGGGGGAGCGUGGGGCGGGCUGGGGGGGCUGGCAGGGCUGGGGCGGGAGGGAGGGAGGCCCGCCCCCACGCACCCCAUCCCCGAGGGCCCCCCCGUGCACCCCAUCCCCGAGGUGCCCCCGCGCACCCCAUCCCCGAGGCCCCCUCCGCACACCCCAUCCCCGAGGUGUCCCCCGCGCACCCCAUCCCCGAGGUGUCCCCCGCGCACCCCAUCCCCGAGGCCUCCCCCGCGCACCCCAUCCCCGAGGUGUCCCCCGCGCACCCCAUCCCCGAGGUGUCCCCCGCGCACCCCAUCCUUGAGGAUUGCUCUCCUACCAUCUGUGUAUGUGAGCUCAGGCUCACCCUCCUAGGUGCAUAUAUUUGCUCGCAUUUUUCAAAUCAGUGGAUCAUCUCGUUUCAUCUUUACAAUAGCCAAGUGAGAACCGGGAGCCUAGAAUCCCUGCCCUCGGACGAGUGGGGGAAUGAAAGUGUGAGGCCCAGCAGGAAACCGGCUGCAGAGCAGGAAGCCACACAUCCUCUAGGUCCAGGGUCUUCCUUCUUCCUGGAGCUGGAAGGUCACUGGGUGCUGUUCUCCACAGGCCAGGAAGGUAGAGGCCAGCCCCUGGCUGCUGGGCCAGAGGAGGAACCGCUGCAGGGCCCAGCCCCCCACACUCGGGAUGCCCCAAGCGAGGACCUGCCCCCCAUCCACGCUGCUGGGGAGAAGCCGCCGGCAGAGGCCCCUGGAGAACCAGCUGGGUUCUCCCCAGAUCCUGGGAGGGGGAGCCAGCCAUCUGGCUCUGGGGCUCUCCACAAACACACGGUUACGGCCCCACCCGGACCCCAGCCUCCUGGGGAAGGCUGUUCCUUCCCAGGGAGGGAGGCAAAGCCCGGGAAGAGAUCCUACUCCCCAGCCUCCAGUAAGCAGAGACCGUCCAGUGCCGGGGGUUUGGCCUCUUCAUCCUCUGCCGAUGUCAUUAACUCAGCCCAUGCCACACACAACCCAGUGCCUUGUGGGUCAGGCCGGGGGCCCUGCCAUCUGGCCAACCUCCUCAGCACGUUGGCUCAGAACAGCCAAAACACAGAUCAGAAGAGGACCCCAGAAGUGACGUGCCAAGUCCGGAAAAAGACUCGGACCCUAUACCGCUCAGACCAGCUGGAGGAGCUAGAAAGGAUCUUCCAAGAAGACCACUACCCAGACAGCGAUAAGCGCCGGGAGAUUGCCCAGACGGUGGGGGUCACCCCCCAACGCAUCAUGGUGUGGUUCCAGAACCGCCGGGCAAAGUGGCGAAAAGUGGAGAGGCUGAAUGGGAAGGAGAACAAGGAUAGUCUUGCGGGCCCUGUCCCCACCACUGCCAGCAGCUCUGCAACUGAGCUGCCACCUUCUGUGACCCUGGACCCAGAGCCUGGUACCUUUCCUCAGGAGCCCCCUCUGGAUACUCUCAUGGAGCCCCCCAUACUGCUGACCUCUGACCAGACUCUGGCCCCACCCCAACAGCCUGAGAAUACUCAAAGGGUGGCAGUGACCCCGCCACUCUUCAGCCCCCCACCUCUUCGAAGAGUCAACCUUCCUUUUCCCCUGGGCCCUGUCCCUACCCCUCAAAUGAUGCCUCUGCUGCUGGAUACUCCUGGCAGUGACAACAGCCACAAAGAAGGCCCCUGUGGGUCCUGGGGGACAAGCGUCACCCCACCACCCGCCUGUUCAUACUUGGAAGAGCUGGAACCCCAGGACUACCAAGCGGGCACCCAGCCGGGGCCGUUCCCCUUCUCCCAGGCGCCCCAGGGCCAGCUCUACCAACAGCCUCAAGCCCAGUUCCCGUUCCUGCACCCCUUCCCGCUGCCCACCCCCCACCCCCUGCUGCCCCCACUGCCCGAGGACCCGCUCUUCACCUCGCCCUUCGGCCCGGGCGCGGGCCUAUCUCAGGGCUACUUCCCGGGGCCCUCCUCGGGGCAGAUGGUGCUGCAGCCACCUGCUGGGAACGUGGGUGCAGUCCCCUGGAAUGACCCUUGCUUGCCAGAACUGCCUUUCCCCGGUCCCUUCUGUCCACAGACCCUGGGUGCCCUCCCUGGAGGUGAGGGCUACUUGCCCGAUCUGUUCCCAGGCCCCUGUGCCCCGGCGGUGAGCAGCAGGCAACCCUCUGCAGGCGUCCCCCAGCUGGCCGGAGGGGCCCGACCGGGGCCAGGGCCCUUCCUGGGCAAAUCCCAAGAGGAGCAGCCUGCCACCUCUGCAGGGGAGCCCUUGGCACCCCAGGAAGUCCGAGAGGAAGACCAGGACAGCCGUGGCCACUAGUUGGGGGGCCGAGGAGGAGAGGGUUGGGUGCCUCGGAGGAGACAGUGGUGUGAGGAGGGACUGUGGAAUCUGUUGGCUGGGGGGUGGGGGGUAGUGGGGGGAGUGAGAUGCUUCCCCCUCCAAGGGCUCACCUUGCUGGACCUGAUCUGAGAAGGCUGCGGGUCGGCCCCACCCUCUGCAGCCCCGAGACAGGAUGGUCCGCGACCUCUGACCUCUGUGCAAGCUUAGGUUUCCUUUCCUUGCCAGAGGAGCCAGUGUCUGUUGUAAGCAUUAAAUGAGUUUA